AUGGCAGAAGUAGAGGAUGAAGAAAUCCGCCAAGCAGCUUUAGAAGGAAGACCAACCUCUGUUGUAAGAAUGUCUUUACUUGAAGGUCAUGAUAAACGUCGAUACAAUCUUCCUUCCCAUGAGGAAGUUGCUAUUGUGUUUGUGGGAGAUGAUGGUGCUCCACCUGCAUCCAGGAAAAUUGUUAUAUACCCUCGAGGUCAGCCUUUGAGAACAAUUUCGUCUAUAUCUGCAAAUUUGGAUCCUUUGGUAUAUCCAUUAUUCUUCCCGAGAGGUGAUGCUGGAUGGCACAAUCAACUUGAGCACAACCCUGACCGUGCAACCCGUGUUAGAAACCAUGUUACUUUGACUCAGUAUUAUAAUUAUAGGCUUGCUGUUAGACAAACUUUUAGUCCUAUAUUCUAUGGUAAGAAACUUUUUCAGCAAUAUGUUGUUGAUGCAUAUGUCAAAGUUGAGGGACAGCGCCUUGCUUUUAUUAGAAAUAAUCAAAACAAACUUAGAAGUGAGCAAUAUGAUGCAUUGCAUGAACAUGUAAUUAAUCGUGCUUAUGAUCUUAAUGUAAGACCAGGCCGUGUUGUUAUUUUGCCUUCUUCAUAUGUUGGUAGUCCAAGAGCAUUAAAAGAAAACUUUGAAGUUGCGAUGGCAGUCAUAAAGAAAUAUGGAAAACCAGAUCUAUUCAUGACUUCUACCUGCAAUUCAAAAUGGAGAGAAAUAGUAGAAAAAUUAAACCCAGGCCAAAAUGACAGACCUGAUUUAGUUUGUCGGGUAUUUAAAAUGAAACUUAAAUUUUUCUUAGAGGAUAUUUUUAAGCAUGGAGUCUUAGGCAAAGUUGUAAGUCAUGUGCAGGUUAUUGAGUUUCAAAAGCGUGGUUUGCCACAUGUACAUAUUUUAUUGCACUUAGUAAAUGCUGAUAAGCUAGAAACAGCAGAAGAUAUUGAUAGUUUGAUAUCAGCAGAAAUCCCAGACCCAGCUGUUGAUCCUGAACUUUUUGAAAUUAUAAAAUCAUGCAUGAUACAUGGACCAUGUGGAAUUUUAAAUCCCAAUUCUCCCUUCAUGAAAGAUGGUAAAUGCACAAAAAAAUUUCCUAAGGAAUUUAAUCCCCACACUGUUGCAAUUUUUAAUGGUUAUCCACGCUAUAGGCGUGUCGAUAAUGGAAGAAUUGUAAAUAUAAAAGGUAAUCAAGUUGACAACCGUUCGGUUGUACCUUAUAACCCCUGGCUUUCUAAAAAAUAUCAAGCACACAUAAAUGUUGAAGCCUGCAUGACCAUAAAGUCAGUUAAGUAUUUAUAUAAGUACAUUUACAUAGGGCAUGACUGUGCCAAUGUGGUGAUAAAUGAGCAAGUUAACCAUGAUGAAAUAAACACGUUUUUAAAUUGUCGCUAUGUCUCAGCUCCAGAAGCAUUGUGA